AUGUACAGACGGCCUGUUUCUCUCCACACCGGGCGACACCUCAGAUAUUACGCCCUCUAUGCUCGACCUCCGCUGGAAGGCUUAACACCCCAGGCUCGCUCCAUUGCUGAACAAUUGACAGAAGACUGGAAAGGCACGAGCCAUGCGGGCGGGAAGGUCAAGAAUUACAUUGGCGGAGAGUUUGUCGAGAGCAAGGCCACCAAAUUCCAUGAUAUCUGCGACCCCGCCACGCAAACCUUGCUUUCUCAGGUUCCUGAAACGACCACUGACGAGUUUGAGCAAGCAACUGCGGCUGCUGUCCAUGCUUACAAGACUUGGAGCAAGACUAGUAUCUUGACCAGACAGCGAAUGGCUCUGGAGCUUCAACAUCUGCUCCGCAAGCAUGGAGACGCCCUAGCAAAUUCUAUCGUCUUGGAACAAGGCAAAACUCUUGGAGAUGCCAAAGGCGACGUUCUCCGUGGUCUUCAGGUAGUAGAAACAGCUUGUAGCAUCACUUCGACCCUCAUGGGUGACAAAAUCGAAGUCAGCAAGAAUAUGGACACAGAGACACGUCGCUUGCCUCUUGGUGUCUGUGCGAGCGUUGCCCCUUUCAACUUUCCUGCCAUGAUACCUCUCUGGACUAUUCCGAUGGCCGCAGCGACAGGAAACACACUGAUUCUGAAGCCUUCCGAGCGCGAUCCAGGAGCUGCAAUGAUCAUUGCCGAACUUUGCGAGCUUGCAGGUCUUCCUCCUGGCGUGCUCAACGUUGUCCAUGGGACGGUGCCAACAGUGAACGCAAUCUGCGACCAUCCUGCAAUCAAGGCCAUCAGCUUUGUGGGCGGUGACCGUGCGGGAAAGCAUAUCUAUCAACGUGGUACGAUGAAUGGCAAGCGAGUGCAAGCGAAUCUUGGUGCCAAAAACCAUGCUGUCAUACUACCGGAUGCAAAUCCCAACCUUGCCCUCAAUUCAAUCAUAGGGGCUGCUUUUGGUGCGGCCGGCCAGCGGUGCAUGGCAAUUUCUGUCGCUGUGUUCGUUGGACCAUCUAAACAGUGGCUCCCAGAACUCGUGGAGCGGGCAAAGAAACUCAAUGUGAAUGCUGGAUUUGAGCCUGGUGCUGACUUUGGGCCAGUCAUCUCUCCACAGGCGAAAGAGCGGAUAGUGCGCUUGAUCGGCUCCGCUGAAAAUGAAGGAGGCAGGAUCCUGCUUGACGGUCGUUCAAUUAAUGUGCCCAAUUAUCCGCAUGGUAAUUUUGUUGGACCCACCGUGAUUGAAGCUGUGACCACAAUGGAAUGUUACAAAACUGAGAUUUUUGGCCCUGUCCUUGUUUGCCUGGAAGCUGAUACAUUGGAUGAUGCUCUGGAUAUCGUUAAUGCCAAUUACUAUGGUAACGGUGCCGCUGUUUUCACCCAAUCGGGUGCUGCAGCUCGCAAGUUCGAGUAUGAGUGUAAUGUUGGUCAAAUCGGUGUGAAUGUACCGAUACCUGUGCCAUUGCCUAUGUUCUCUUGGAGCGGGAACAAAGGUAGCGUCCUUGGUGAUAUUUCUUUCUAUGGGAAAAGUGGCCUCAAUUUCUACACGCACAACAAGACAACAACCAGUCUCUGGCGUGCACAAGACGCCACGGCCAACAAGGCAUCGGUCGAUAUGCCAACCAUGCGCUGACUUCGUACAUGGUUGUAAUUCCUUUUCGACACUAACUUACGUUUGCGCCGAUAACAUGCUUACAUAUAUGUCAAAAUUGAUAACAUCUGACAUGAAGUUACUGGGACACUUGUCCGUUUUCCUUCCAGCAAGCUUCACCCCCCGCGUAAUACUCGCGCUUCCAGAUUUGCGCAUUCGCCUUGAUUUCCUCCAAUAACGUCUCACAGGCGAGGAAGGCGAUCUUUCGAUGGGGUGCAGAAACUGCUAUAAUGAUAGAGCACUCGCCAACGGGUACGUUGCCAAUACGAUGGUGACAAGCCAAUCGAAUCAAGUCUGCGUUGUGUGCACGUAAAUUAAGCAUGAUUUUGCUCAUAGUGUGCAGUGCCAAUGUGGUGUGGGCCUCGUACUCAAGUCGAAUCACUUGUUUGCCUUCAGUUUUUUGUCAGCUGAAGACAACUGAAACAAUCUCUCGCAGUGCAUUCACCUUCGAAAGUAUUUCUCGUAGUACCAGCGAAAAAUACGAGGGCUCCAGCCCCCUCAUCUUUAAUGUUUUGCAUCACCGUGACAAGAUCGAGGUCUCUCUCCGUGAUCUCACAAAUGUCUCCAUCCACAGUGGUCGUUCUCGAUGAGAAACUUGGCGUGACACAUGAUGCGGUAGACAUAACGGAGACCGAGCAGGAAGAUAGAACCGCAAACCAAAAUGUCUGUUCACGGUAU